CGACCUACCCAGAAUAUGGAAGAUGACACCAGGCAUGUGGAGAUUAUAGAGUCAUCUGGCAUAAAUGAGCCGUUUGAGGUUGGAGAUCACCUCAAUCACAAGUCAAGCCGCAAACAAUACGUCCCUCAAAAAUGUAGAUGUACACCCAAAGUCCUCUGCUUCAUAGCAGCUGCUAUCAUCCUCGUCUUCAUCUUCGGCUAUUUGAUUGGCUACCUGGUCCAUCGGAAUAAGGAUUUGGCUCCCACCUGUGCAACCUCUGCUCUCCGUUAUGAAGAUGUUUCUGUCGCCCAUGAGACCGGUGCUGCUCCCCUCAUGGACUGGAAUGAUGUGAAAAAGCUUCUUGCUGAAAAACUGACUACAUCCAGUAUGGACGCUGUCCUUGGUCAGCUGACCAGUAGCAACCACCGGGCUGGUUCUCCUGGUGAUGAAGAUCUGGGAAACAAGGUGAUAACAAAGUUUAAGGAGUACGGCAUGAAGACCUGGACUGAUGAGCACUUUGUCAAGGUUCAGGACCCCCCAGCAUCUGGAUACAACAGAAUAGUUUUCAAGAACGGAUCAGAGGAACGUCCAACGGGUUUCCUGUCCUACAGCGCCAGUGGAACAGCAAGGGGUGCAGUGCUGUAUGCCCAUUAUGGACAGGAAGAUGACCUGAGGCAGUUAAAGGACAUGAACAUCGACAUGAAUAACAGGGUGAUGCUGGUCAGAGCUGGAAGGAUCAGCUUUGCUGAGAAGGUAGCCAAUGCAGCCAAAGUGAACGCCUCUGCUGUGCUGAUCUACCCAGACCCUGCUGAUUACUCGAUCGGCGAGAGCACUCCACUCUUUGGACAUGUCCACAUGGGCUCUGGGGAUCCCUACACCCCAGGCUUCCCCUCCUUCAACCACACCCAGUUUCCACCUGUGCAGUCUUCAGGCCUGCCAAAUAUUUUGGCUCAGACUAUCACAACAGGCAUGGGAAUGAACAUUCUGAGGCAGCUCGGGGGUAGAACUCAGCCAAAUGGUUGGGGGAGCAUCAAUAGACUCGGAGAUGAGAGCGAUGUUAUUACUGUGGAAGUCAACAAUGUCCUUACUGAGAAAAGGAUAAAUAAUUUCUUUGGGGUCAUCAAAGGCUUUGUGGAUGCAGAUCGAUACGUGGUCAUUGGGGCCCAGAGGGAUGCGUGGGGCCCUGGCUUUGCAGCAUCAAGCGUGGGCACCAGCGUCCUCGUCGAGCUGGCGCGUUCCAUCUCUGACAUGGUGGAGAACGAUGGAUUCAAACCGAGGAGGAGUAUUGUGUUUGCGAGCUGGAGUGCGGGAGAGUAUGGGAGUGUUGGCGCCACCGAGUGGUUGGAGGGUUAUCUGUCCUCUCUGAGCAUGAAAGCAUUCACCUACAUCAACCUGGAUGGCAUUGUGACAGGUCAGAAUGGGUUUAAAGUAGCAGCCAGCCCGUUGCUGCACAGCCUGGUCCAAAACGCUCUGAAAGAGGUGAACUAUGACAAGGACAAGUCUCUUCUUUCUCAGUUUGGAAAGAACAACUGGGAGUCUGCUAUUCUGGAGCCUCUGAGGAUGGACAGUGCUGCGUAUCCUUUCCUCGCCUUCUCCGGCAUUCCCUCAGUCGCUUUCAGAUUCCACUCUGGAAGUUCAGACUACCCGCAAUUUGGCACAAACCUGGACACCCGAGAAAACCUGAACUCUGUCACAGCCAGCCAGGUUCCUCAGCUGGCUGUGAGAGCGGGCCAGUUUGCAGGUCACAUAGCGCUGAGGCUGGUCCAUGACCACCUGCUGCAGAUGGACCUGAAGAAGUACAACCAGCUCAUACGCAGCCACGUGGUUCAGAUUAAUGGGAAGGUCAAGGCUGUUCAGAGGAUGCAGCCCCAGCUGUUGCCCAAAGCUCUGACAGUGAAGUGGUUGAUCAUGGCCUCUGGCUCCUACAGCCGUGCCUCUAGCGCGCUGGCAGCCGACAUCCAGAACAGCGACCUGGAGGACAUCGAGAUGUGCCGCGUGAUCAAUGACCGCAUCAUGACGGUGGAAAGGAACUUCCUGUCACCCUACGUUUCUCCCAGAGACAGCCCCUUCCGUCACAUCCUGCUGGGCUCCGGUCCCCACACCCUCAAAGCUCUGACCAACCACCUCGACUCUUUGACGACUGCCGACCCCGACGCAGACGCCGAGCUGUUCCGCAACCAGUUUGCCCAGGCGACCUGGACCAUUCAGACCUGUGCCAACUCCCUAGCAGGGGACAUCUGGUCUCUGGAUAAUGAAAUCUAGAAAAGUCCUUUUCCCUCCCUUGUUCAUGGUUUGGCCCUCUUAUUACAACAGGCAGUGCUGUUGUGAUUAACCACCACGUUUUCAGUGGAUAUCUACUAAGUCAUCAUAUUGUUUUCACAAUGUUCAUUUGUUAAAAGCGCCGUAUGAUGACAAUAAGUCAAUGACUUUCUAUAGU